AUGAUCUCGAAGCAUGGAUGGGGCGAGUUCUACAAGGAGCAGCCGGCCGCACUGGUGCGGUCUGUGUGGGGCUGUGCGACGGUCCACAACGCAACCCAUGGCCGAGCGACGCUCGGCAGCUCGCAAGCCAGGACCGGAGUACCGCUGGUGUGGCUCAACGACACGCAGUGCGUCGCGGUGCUCGAGGCCCUUGGCCGGCCGUCGCUCGCCGCUGCGUUUGCCGCCGAGCCUUUCGGGCCUUACAAGAGCGAUAUUUGCCGUGUCGCGUACCUAUACGUCCGAGGUGGCUUCUACAUGGACUGUGAUAUGGGAUGCCUUCCGGGCGUCGACGUUGUGCAGAGAUUCGCUCGGCAGCAACAUGGGCUGAUCACCGCGAUCGAGGUCGCACCGGAGACUGGCGUGUUCCAGUCCUUUCUCGCAGCCGCGCCGGGGCACCCGGUGCUCGAGCUGGCUCUGAACCUCACCGAGGCAUACUAUGCCGGCACGCAUCAGCUCGAAUAUGGCUUCACUGUCGGCACAUCCAUAUUUCGGUCGGCCGUGGAGCGGUAUCGCGGCGCAGGCGGAUAUGACAUUCACUUGCUCAGAGAGGUGUACGACCCUACCACGCCGGGGUGGCGCCGUUGGGCCAAGACGAUACUCGGGGCUCGGGGGUGCGACAUUGUGGUGGCAGAUGACAUGGGUGCCGGAGACAUCCUGUUUCGGAGCCAUGUGCUCCAUAGCGCCCACUGCCGGCCGAUCUGGCCCCUUCCAGGGUCGCUCUGGUUGCUCCUCUUCCCCGUCCGGGCAGCCGAGUUUCUCCACCGCACUGUCCACCGCACGCUCUUGUCAGGGUGA